AUGAUACUUGGCGCAACCCCGCUGGAACUCCUCGGCGUGAACACAGCCGAUGCCGAGCGAUAUAACCCGAAUAUAGCCUCGCCAGCUCCUCAAGCUGAAUCCUCGCCAAAUAAUAAGACCGAGCCAUUAUCACCCAAAAUCAAAACCGAAUCUGAGCCCAAGAAACCUGCAAAGAAGGUGGCUAGCCCCAAGGUGAAGUCCUCACCGAGCUAG